GCCAGGAAGCAACCGAGGUGCAAAUCCAGGAUGAUGCUGCUUUUGGAGAUAGCCGCCCUCCUUGUCACCCUGGUCGGGGUCUGCGUGUGGACGGACGACGGCAGCAAAGUCAUUUCGGAUCGCUACGCGGUGUACUGGAACAAGACCAACCCCAGGUUCCAUCAAGGGGACUACACGGUGGAAGUCAGCAUCAAUGACUAUCUGGAUAUCUAUUGCCCGCAUUACGAGAUCCCGUUCCCCAUGGACCGGAUGGAACGGUACAUCCUCUACAUGGUCAACUACGAAGGCCACGCCACCUGUGACCACCGGCAAAAUGGUUUCAAGCGCUGGGAAUGUAACAGGCCUGAUUCGGCCAACGGGCCGCUGAAAUUCUCCGAAAAGUUCCAGCUCUUCACCCCUUUCUCGCUGGGGUUCGAAUUCAGGCCAGGACAUGAAUAUUACUAUAUAUCGGCCACCCCGCCUAAUCUGGUUGACAAGCCCUGCUUGAAGCUGAAGGUUUACGUUCGACCCACAAAUGACUCCCUCUACGAAUCUCCAGAGCCUAUAUUCACCAGCAAUAAUUCCUGUUGCAGCUUCCAAGUUCCCGAUGCCUUCUUCGUGGUGGUGCCAGUUUUUUGGACUAUCCUAGCCUCCUAGCCUCAGCGCGAGGACGAAAGAGGAACCG